AUGGCCGACCGCAAAGGCGCCUACGGCGGCGCCCCGGCCAGCGACACGUCCUUCCGCAAAACCUGGGAUCGCGAAGAAUACGCCCAAAAGGCCGCCGACCGCGAACAACGCAUCAAAGACGAAGGAAAAGCAAAGUUCGAAGCCGCCGCCGCGGGCAAAAANUACCAUCGCCGUGCUAGCACACCACCCGAUGCUCGCGACACCGAAGCACGACGCUCACGUCUGGAUGUCAGCGCACAGAUAGGAAAAACCAUGUUGGUGCCUGCAGGCUCUGCUGUUGGCAAGAGAGGCAAAGGCGCAGGGUUCUAUUGCGAUGCUUGUGACUUGACGUUCAAGGACAAUUUACAAUUUGUGGAGCAUUUGAAUUCGAAGCAGCAUUUGUAUGCCACCGGGCAGAGCGGAGAAGUCAAGAGGGCGACUUUGGAAGAUGUGGUUGAAAGAUUGGAAUGGUUAAAGAGGAAACGGGAAGAAGAGACUGCCAAAGAGACUGUGGAUUUGGGGACGAGAUUGGAGGUUGCGAGGGAAGAGGAAGAGAAGAUUAGAGAAGAGAAGAGGAGGAGGAGGAAUGAGAAGAGGAGAAAGAAUAAGGGUAGGGAGGGAGGGGACGAGGUCAAGGUCGAGGUGGAGAAUGAUGGGGUCAUUUGCUGA